AUGUUGACCCUCGUUAUCAACCCAGUAUACCCAGAGUUCGAAGACAGACCACUCCCUUUGAGAUUGUAUGACGAAUUAGAUAGGAAAGAGAACCUCUGGCUUAAUCCCAGAUUGAAGGCUUUAGUGAAAGGAGAUCUGACCCAUAGCCAGGCGGCCAUCAAGUUCGAUACUAUGCUAACAGAGGACACUAACCGAAAAUAUGAUAAACUGAUAAAACGGGCAGACCCGCGCAACCUCACGCCAGAAGAAGGACAAGGCGCCAACAUGUACAUAAUCAUGCCACAUCCAAGGAUUCAUAUUGGGCCGAUUUUUUCAUCAUUUGCCCGGCUGUGA